CUCUUUCUUAUACCGAUACUCGCACACUGUCGUGACCUCAUUUCCGGAAAUACGACAACUCCAUGGCACACACGCGCACGUGAAAAGGAAAAUAACCAAGUUAACCAAAGAUGGAUUUUACAGAAGUCCCGGUGAAACAGGACAAGAAAAGUAAGAUGAAGAAGACCAAGAAGUUAAAGAAAAACACAACCAUGGAGGAGGGGACCGCAGAGGGCGGCCCAGUGGAGGGGAAAAUGGAGCAAACUGAAGCAGCUGAAACCUCCUUUCCCCCGGCGUUCAGUUUAUCGGAUAUUAAGAACAAACAGCGAAGACACAUGAUGUUCAUGAAAUUCAAACAGGAGAAAAGAAAGCAAAAGUUGCAGAUCAGGAAGAAAAAGAAAAAAGAAAGAAAAGCGUUGGGUGACAAGGCUCCACCCAAAGAGGUCCCAAAGACGAUAGAAAACCAGCGAGUCUAUGACGAGACCACAGUGGACCCUGAAGAUGAAGAGGUUGCAUUUGAUGAGGGAACUGAUGAGUUUUCUGCCUACUUCAAUGGCAUUUCAAAUCCCAAAGUUCUUGUCACAACAUCAGACAGACCCCACUGGAGGACGGUGAGAUUUUGUGAGCAGCUGGCCACCGUAAUACCAAACGCUCACGUGUUCUACAGAAGAGGUCUGGCACUGAAGAGAGUCAUCCCUCAGUGCAUCGCCAGGGACUUCACCUACCUCAUGGUCAUCAACGAGGAUCGAAAAGUUCCCAACGGUAUGGUUCUCUGUCACCUCCCUGAUGGGCCGACGGCACACUUCAAAGUCAGCAGUGUUCGGUUACGGAAAGAGAUCAAGAGGCGAGGCAAAGAUCCCACAGAACAUUUUCCGGAGGUCAUUCUGAACAACUUCAGCACACGCCUGGGCCACAGCAUCGGCCGAUUGUUUGCAGCUCUUUUCCCACAGAACCCACAGUUUGUCGGUCGACAGGUGGCCACUUUCCACAACCAGAGAGAUUUCGUCUUCUUCAGGUUCCACAGGUAUAUUUUUAAGAACGAGAAGAAAGUUGGCAUUCAGGAGCUGGGACCACGUUUUACACUCAAACUGCGAUCUCUGCAGAAAGGCACCUUUGACUCAAAGUUUGGAGAGUACGAGUGGGUCCUGAAGCGCCAUGAGAUGGAUGCCUGCAGACGGAAGUUCCAGCUUUGAGGAUGUGAUGUUCCUUAUCCUUAUUUGUCAGACAAGGACUUUUUAAACGACUGUAUUCUUGAUGUUUUCGAGACUUUGAGGACUGACUAGAUUUAGCACGUCCGUUAAUCUCAGUUUGAUCAAUCUCCAGAAACUGUAUUUUGAGGUCACUCUGUCAGUGGAACCCUUUUAAUGAGACGUGAUGGUCUCGAAGACCAAGUGUGGCACACGAGAAAACUUGUCUUUUCUGAAACAUGCAGUAACUUCACAAGAAUUAUACUAAUCUUCAUGUUUUAUGAGAAGUGACACUUGUUUGGCAGAUGUGAUUGGUCGUCCCAAAAUAAACAGGCAACAAUCUGA